GCAGCUUGGAAGCAGACCACAUAUUUCCCGAUGGAGAGCUGAUGGCGGGAACUCAAGGUGGCUUGGAACUGACACAGGACGAACGAGUGCUCCGCGGGCUGCUGCAGUUUUUUCUCUGCGCGGAUGCUCGACGACCUUCAGAAGAGGUCCCUUUACGUUUGAAGUACCGGGACCUGAUUCUCACAGCCUUUCCAUCAGCAGUCUCACAAAGUCGAGCUGCUGGCCUUGAGACGCAGGAGCCAACACUGGUUGGAGCAUCAGAUGAGGAGCAUGCUGAAGCGACGGAGCCCACAGGAGGGCUGCUCCUGGAUGUCGAGGAUUCGCACCACGAUGAAGGCGGCAGUGGCAUGCGUGCAUCCUUGCAAGCGCCAGUGGACGUUGAGGAUGUUGCUGAUGCUGAAGGAGUCGUUACGCCCAUACCGCCAGUCCUCAACGUUGAGGAAGGACCUGAUGACGUCACUCGGGUCGCGGAGGUCGUGGCCGAAGCGGUGAAUGCCACAGAGGCGGCCGAGGCAGCUGAGGCCGAGGUGGAGGCCAUCAUGCGAGAAGAUGCUUUGCGUCAGGCCCUUUUGGAUCCAGAAGGUGAAGCAAGAAGACGCCGAAUUCAAGCCCGGAAGCUUCAGGGCCGGCGCUGGAACUUUGCAGGUCGCAGGGGACGAGCUGGCGACCGGUUCCGAGAACACGAGGUUGAUUUGGAGAGCCGCCGGAAGCUGGCCUACCGUGCCCGGGGCCGUUUUCGAGGCCCUGCUGAAGACCAGGGUGAUGAGCGCCAGCAGUCUAGCCUGGCCAGACAUCGUGAGGCAUCGAAGAUGGGAACUUUAGCGUCGGGCUCGAAGGCGUCCCGUGCGUCCAAGACCCAGGAAGCAAGAGGGAAAAGCACAGCGAAGGAGAAGCGCGCUGCCUCGUCAAGCCACCAGGCAGCUCGCAAGCAUCGAAGGAAAGACAAAACGCAGCCAACCAGACUAAGGCUGCCACCAAUAAACUUUCCAGAGUUGCCGAUAUUGAUUGCAGACCAAGACGAAGAGGAGGUCUUGCCUGCGAUGUCAAGGUCAAGGAGAGCUCGACCAGUGGUCCUGCAGGCUGAGCGCCAGUUUCGCGAGGCGAGGCGGAAGGAGUUGGAGAUCAUGCGCGACCAUUUCACGGAAGAGCUGCAGGCUGUACAAACGGAGCGGCAAGAAGCGGCCAAAGAGUUACGCCAAAGUUGCGUGGCAGAGGCAGAGGCGGUCGAGAAGCUGCAAGAAGCCCUGACAGCUGCUUUCGGAACCGUGAUCGACUAGAAAAUGGGA